CUGGAAGUAACUUCGGAAUAAACAAAAUGGGUUGUUUGACUGACUGUUGUUUGUGCCCCCUCCUUUUUUGGCCGGCUUUAAUUGGCGGAGCUGCGUAUUUUCUGAGGAAAUACAUGCAGGGCGGUCAGUUUACGAAGCAGACCGAUGAAACCGGCAAGGUGUUUAUUGUCACCGGUUCAAACACGGGAAUCGGCAAGGAGACAGUCCUGGAGAUUGCCAAGCGCGGAGGAACUGUGUACAUGGCCUGCAGGGAUAUGAACCGAUGCGAAAAGGCCCGCCAGGAUAUUAUUAGGGAGUCGGGUAACAAAAACAUUUUCGCCCGCGAAUUGGACCUGAGUUCGCUGGAAUCCAUUCGUAAAUUCGCAGCUGGCUUCAAGAAAGAACAGGAUAAGCUUCAUGUGCUGAUCAACAAUGCUGGAGUUAUGCACUGCCCUAGGACCUUGACCAAGGAUGGCUUUGAAAUGCAGCUGGGAGUCAAUCACAUGGGACACUUCCUGCUCACCCACCUGCUGCUGGAUGUUUUGAAGAAAACUGCACCCAGUCGCAUCGUAGUCGUUUCGAGUGGUGCGCACACUCACGGUUCCAUCAAUGUUGAUGACUUGAACAGUGAAAAAUCAUACGGUAAGAUAGCUGCCUAUACCCAGAGUAAAGUGGCCAACAUUCUGUUUACCCGGGAAUUGGCCAAGCGUCUGGAGGGAACUGGAGUCACGGUUAAUUCUCUGCAUCCCGGAGCUGUGGACACUGAGCUGAUGAGGUAUUGGUCGUUCAUGGAGAACAGCUUGAUUGCGUUCCUCGUGAAGCCUUUGCAAUGGACUCUCUUCAAGACUCCUAGGAGUGGAGCUCAGACCUCCCUCUACGCUGCCUUGGAUCCUGAGCUGAAGAAUGUCUCUGGACUGUACUUCAGCGACUGCAAGGCCAAGGACGUGUCAGCAGCUGCCAAGGACGAUAAAGCUGGAAAGUUCCUGUGGGCAGAAAGCGAGAAAUGGACAGGAGUGAAUACAUCUAAAUUGGAUUAGAGAAGCUCAAUAUUUAUC